AUGUUACUGCCCGUUCACUCGGUCGCGGGAAAUGGAUUCUUGAGUGGUGACCAUCCAUCCCGGAUCAAAGAUGGCGCAUACACCGGAAAUGCCUCUGGUUCGACUGCAAUCGACACUUUUGCGGAUGGAACUCGCACGAGUACUAGUAUACGCCCCAGGAGCAGCAAUAGCACGCAGCCGCACACUUAUUCAAAGGCUACGAUGGCUGGAAUCAGCGUUGGUUGUACGCUUGGCAUGAUCCUGCUUUUCGUUAGCCUGUUCCUAUAUUUCAGGCGUCGAUACAGAAGGAAUCGACGAGCAAGGCCAUCGUGUGCCUUGCCGCAGACGGAGACAGCGACAGGAAGUUCUAGUCAAGAUGCUCCGCUGGAUGAAUUAGCGCAUACGGAUUCACCGAGUCAACGAUCUGGCUCGGACCCCAAGGCCCAAGGCCUUGACUCGGUUGUUGUCGUUCACAGGGGCAAGGAAGACGUGUGA